UGGUAGAAACAAAGCCCCGAUCGUAUGUCAUCCAAAAAAGGGGUAAACAGCUCACCUAACUUUAUUAAUUUGCCCAAACGAAAAGAAUGCAUGGGAAAGAACACAAAAUUAUUAGGUCACUUGCUUCAAAAUAUAUUGUUUCACGAAAUCAGAAAGAACAUUAUUUCUAAUUAAAGAAAUGUGGAUCGAGGCUGAGAAUUAUUACUCAACCUCUCUAAUGACUUGUUUCUGGUUAUAAGUAUAUGUGCAUGCCUCAAGUGCUUUUAGACAAAUAUGGCUUCAUUAGUUUUGUUCCUUGAAGCCCUGCUGAUCCGACGCUGGUGUGGUGAUGGGUACAUUAUUGAUCAUCUUACUCUGAGUGAGGGAGGAGCGAAGAAGGAGACAAAUAAAAACGCCAAAUGUGAGCUUGGGAAGCAAGGGACUGCAGUUGAUGAUGACAAGCCCCAGUACGAUGCCUGGGGCCUUGUGAAGGAGACCUGCAAAGUAGCUGAGAUUUGCAGGUGGCCUUAACAAGUUAAAAGCCGCACAGGCUCUUGAUAUUUUCUUGUCUAUAUCUCAUUCUCAUAUACAUACAUAUAUAUAUAUAUACACAUGAAAUUACAUACAUGAGUAAGGAACAAUUUACAUUGAUAUAAAUUUAAUAAUUUUUUAUGUCAAAUUCCAGUUACAUAUUUUAAUUGCUGAAAUUUUGAAAAGAAUUACUGAAAACUGGAGUUAGAAUUAUAUCAGUGUCACUUGAUUCUAACUCUAAGUACAUAAUUAUGAUCUAUUGUCCUAAAAUUUACAAGUCUCUGUAGCAAAGUUAAUUCAGCAUUAUUUUGUGCCACAUACUCGGGUACAAAUUCAAUACACUCCACCAAUUCAGGUUUCUUUUCUUUUUUUUUUUUUUCUUGCUUUUAGAUGGUAGUAUAAUAAACAGGGAUACAUGCU